AUUAGGGUUUUUGGUAAAUUAAUCGAUUGGCUGUUAAUGGAGGCGCGCUGGUUUUCCAAAAUUGUCUUCGGUUUUCCCGCCCUAUAAUACUUUCGAAACCAAUUUCCGAAUUAUUAAAAUAUUCAAUUCCCUCCAAGAACCCUAUUUGGAGUAUAAAUAACCCACUUACAUUUUCUUCCUUGUUUGUAUUUCGACCAAAAUCUCUUGUUUAUGCUAUUAACCCAUUUUCCAUAUCGGUCUGGGUAACAAAUAAUCUCGAGAUAAAUCCGUAUUUAUUAAUUUUCCCUUUCAAGAUGAGCUCGAUAGACGUGGCAGUAUCAAAGCCGGUGGCUGUCGAUGGCAAGGUGAAUCCAGGGAUGGGUAGAAAGAGAAAGGCAGCUCAAUCGAGUUCUACACCUGCUGAAUCUAGUUCAGAUGCCACCUCAAAGAAAAUACCUGAAGACAACAAGAAUCAUAUUGUUACUCGUGUAUUGCCUAAAAGAGCUGCUGCAUGCAGAAAUUAUAAGGACAAAUCUGUCCGCUCCUCUAAGUCAGAUAAAAUUCAAGCCAGAAAAGACCAUGAAGUAGAGGAAGAACUAGAAGCUAUAGCCUUAACGGGUGGGCCAAGUCAUCCAAGGACUAACAAAAGAUUAACCGAUUUUGUCUUACACGAUGAAAAUGGAAUUCCACAGCCUGUAGAAAUGCUGGAAGCUUCGGAUAUCUUCAUUUCUGGUCUGAUUCUACCAUUAGAAGAAUCUACUGAUAAGGAGAAGGAGAAGGGAAUUAGAUGCUCUGGAUUUGGGCGUGUGGAAUCAUGGUCGAUUUCAGGUUACGAGGAGGGUUCACCAGUCAUAUGGGUAUCUACUGAAAUGGCUGAUUAUGAUUGUGGUAAACCUGCGAAGAACUACAAGAAAAUCUAUGGUCUUUUCUAUGAAAAGGCCAAUGCUUGUAUUGUGAUAUACAAGAAACUUUCAAGAUCACAUGGAGGUGACCCAAGUUUAAGUUUUGAUGAUUUACUCAUGGCAGUUGUUCAAUCGAUGAGGGGAAGUAAGAACUUCCCUCAAGGUUUCUCAGUGAGAGAGUUCAUUGUCUCACACGGUGAAUUUAUAUAUAAUCAACUAAUUGGCUUGGAUGAAACAUGCAAGGAAAAUGAUCUGAUCUUCAGUGGACUUCCAUCUCUUACACUCUUAAGGGAUGAAGGUAAGAAAAGUGUAUGUCUAGUUCCGGGCAUCACAGUUCCUCGUCAAACUGGAAUAAAGAUUGAAGAAGGGGGCAAAGGGAGUUCUAGUGGGUUGAUUGGUGAUGGUGGAUGUGAAGGUGAAGACAUCAAACUUGCCCGUUUGUUGCAGGAACAAGAAGCCUGGGAGUCUAUGGCUCAAAAGAAGAAGCCACGCACAACUGCUCUAUCUAAGAAAUAUUACAUCAAGAUAAACGAGGACGAAAUUGCAAACGAUUACCCUGAUCCUGAAUAUUAUAAGUCUUCUAAUCAGGAAACUGAUGAAUAUAUCAUAUUUGAUGAUACUUAUGGAGCAAACUAUUCUGAUGAACUUCCUCGUAGCACGCUUCACAAUUGGGCUUUUUACAAUUCAGAUUCCAGGCUCAUUAGCUUGGAGCUACUGCCAAUGAAACCUUGUGCUGACAUUGAUGUCGCGAUUUUUGGGUCAGGGACGAUGUCAGAGGAUGAUGGAACUGGAUUUUGUCUUGAUGAAGAAACCAAUCAGGCUUCUAGCUGCGGUGGCAUAAAUGAUGAGGGGAUCCCGCUAUACCUCAGUGCCAUUAAGGAAUGGAUGAUUGAGUUUGGGUCUUCGAUGAUCUUCAUUACAGUCCGAACAGAUAUGGCAUGGUAUAGGCUUGGAAGACCAUCUAAGCAGUAUCUUCCUUGGCAUGAGGCUGUUCUUAAAACAGCAAGGCUGGCUAUUAGCAUCAUCACCUUGCUGAAGGAACAAGCCAGGGUAUCACGUCUUUGUUUCUCAGACGUAAUUAAGAAGUUAUCCGAAUUUGAAAAGGACCAUCCUUCUUAUAUCUCGUCAAAUCAGGAUACAAUAGAGAGGUAUGUGGUUGUCCAUGGACAAAUUAUACUACAGCUGUUUUCUGAAUACCCUGAUGAUGCAAUCAGAAAAUCUGCUUUUGUGAUUGGUCUGAAUGAAAAAAUGGAGCAAAAGCACCAUACGAAAUGGUUAGUGAAGGCAAAAACAGUACUAAAUAGGGAAGGGAAUCUGAAUCCCAGGGCACAAAUAGCACCUGUAGUGUCUAAAAGGGUGGCCAUGCCAGCUACAACAACAAGGCUGGUUCAUGAGACAUGGGGAGCAUUCUAUUUGAACGGAGAUGAGGAAGAUCCUGAAACUAAGGGUCUCUUAGAUGUCAAGGAAGAUGAUGCUGAUGAGGCACAGGCAGAUGAAGAUGAUGACAAUCAAGAUUCAGAAGAAAAUGAGAUUAUGCUGCCAAUUGAGAGUGAUGAAAAGCCUCAGUUGUCAUUACAAGAAAAUUUACACUCUUCUAAUGGAGUGAUUAAUUGGGAUGGAGAGGCAUCUGCAACAUAUGAUGAUAAGGUUCUUUAUAGGCAAGCCAAAGUUGGUGGAACUGUGGUUUCAGUAGGUGGUUUUGUGUUGGUUAAGACAACCAAGUCGGAACCUUCUAUUUGCCUUAUAGAAUACUUAUUUGCAAAUUCAUCUGAAAGAAAAAUGGCUCAUGGAAGAGUCAUGCUUAAAGGGUCCCAGACUGUUCUUGGGGAUACUGCCAACGAAAGGGAAGUUUUCAUGACAAGUAAUUGCUUGGAAUUCGAUCUUAGUGAUAUAUUACAAAUUAUAGAUGUUGAAAUUCGCUUGAGGCCUUGGGGUUUCCAAUACAGGAAGGAAAAUGCCAUUUUGGAUCAGAUGGAUAGAGAUAAAGCUGAAGAAAGGAAAAACAAAGGAUUGCCGAUGCAGUAUUUCUGCAAAAGCUUGUAUUCCCCGGAUAAGGGUGCUUUCUUCUCUCUCCAGAGAGAUACUUUUGGACUUGGUACUGGGAUUUGUCAGUCUUGUGAAACUAACAGAAUUUUAGCAGAGAAAGAAGUAUUUAGGAUAAAUUCUUCUUCAACUGGUUUCACUUACAUGGGAGUUGAAUAUUACCUGAACGAUUUUGUCUACUUGAGUCCUUUUCAUUUUGAGGUUGACAAGAAUGGCCCUGUGAAAUUCAAGGGUGGAAGAAAUGUGGGGUCAAAAGCCUACGUAGUUGGCCAAUUACUAGAAAUUGAACCACACAAGACUACUAAGAAAGUGGAUCCUGGGUCCCGAACAGUGAAACUCAGAAGGUUUUAUAGACCGGAAGACAUUUCAUCAGAGAAGGCUUAUCGUUCUGAUAUACGAGAGGUCUACUAUAGCGAAGAAACAGUCACCCUGCCUAUAACUGCCAUAGAGGGUAUUUGUGAAGUAAGAAAAAUGCAAGAUGCUCCGGCCAUGCAUUCCUUGGGAUGCUUUGAACAUAUCUUCUACUGCUAUUAUUUUUAUGACCAUAAUAGUGGAGCUAUCAAGAAGUUGUCCCCAAAUAUCAAAUUGAGUUACUCAAAGACUACUGAUCAAGCAGCAAACAGAAAGAAGAAGGGUAAGUCUAAAGAAGGAGUAAAUGAUUUUGAUGAUGCUGAAGUUCAAAAGAUGGAGCAAGUCAAGAAUCCUCUAGCAACACUGGACAUUUUUGCUGGUUGUGGUGGUUUAUCUACUGGGCUACAACUUUCAGGUGCCUCUCAAACUAAAUGGGCAAUCGAGUAUGAAGCACCUGCCGGGGAAGCUUUUCGGCUAAAUCAUCCAGACGCUACUGUUAUUGUCAACAAUUGUAAUGUUAUUCUAAGGGCGAUAAUGGACGCCUGUGGGGAUUCAGAUGAAUGCAUUUCAACUCCCGAGGCUGAUGAAUUGGCCAACAAACUUGAAAAGGAAGAGAUUGAUAAAUUGCCUCGUCCUGGACAAGUUGAUUUCAUCAAUGGAGGACCUCCAUGUCAGGGAUUUUCUGGGAUGAAUAGGUUUAACACGAGCACAUGGAGCAAGAUUCAAUGUGAAAUGAUCUUGGCAUUCCUAUCUUUUGCUGAUUACUUCCGUCCUAAGUAUUUUCUAUUAGAAAAUGUAAGGAACUUUGUAUCUUUCAACAAAGGACAGACAUUUCACCUUACCUUAAGAUCACUUCUUGAGAUGGGGUAUCAGGUGAGAUUUGGUAUUCUUGAAGCUGGAACUUUCGGAGUUUCACAAUCUAGGAAGCGUGCAUUUAUAUGGGCAGCUGCACCUAAUGAGAAGCUCCCUGAUUGGCCCGAACCAAUGCAUGUGUUUUCUGUACCAGAGCUUAAGGUCUCCUUAAACAACAAGACUCAAUAUGCUGCUGUUCGAAGUACUGCAAAUGGUGCUCCAUUUCGUGCCAUUACUGUUCGAGAUGCCAUUGGCGAUCUCCCAGUUGUUAGCAAUGGUGCUUCAGAAACUUCAAUGGAGUAUGUAGUUGAACCUAUAUCGUGGUUUCAAAAGAUGAUAAGAGGAAAGACGUCGGAUUUGACUGAUCACAUAGCCAAGGAAAUGAACGAGCUUAACCUCAUCAGAUGCAAAAGAAUAUCCAGACGACCAGGUGCUGAUUGGCGUGAGCUUCCAGAUGAAAAGGUCCGUUUGAGUAAUGGACAGAUAGUGGAUUUGAUACCCUGGUGCCUACCAAACACUGCAAUAAGGCAUAACCAGUGGAAAGGGUUGUUUGGAAGAUUGGAUUGGGAAGGAAAUUUCCCAACCUCCAUCACCGACCCACAACCUAUGGGUAAAGUGGGGUUGUGCUUCCAUCCUGAGCAAGAUAGGAUUGUGACUGUUCGUGAGUGUGCGAGAUCUCAAGGUUUUCCAGAUAGUUAUCUGUUUGAUGGGAAUAUUCAGCACAAGCAUAGGCAGAUAGGGAAUGCUGUCCCUCCACCUUUGGCAUUUGCUCUUGGAAGGAAACUCAAGGAAGCUAUUGAAGGCAAUUAGGACAGCAUAUUUGGAUUUUAUCAAUAAUUCAAUAUGCAUAAGAGUAAUAGUAGAGAUGAAAUUUAGAUGUAGAAGCAAGCAACUCAAGAAUCUCAUCUUCUUUAAAUGACUUAUGUUCUCAUCUCUGAUAUUUCGGCUCAUUUUGUUUUGGUUUUGUAUGAACAAGUGGUGGCCUCUUUUUAUGGGGUUUUUUUUCAAGUUAGUGAGAAACUGUGAUUUCUUUAUCUUUA